AUGAUGUUUGUCCUUGGUACCCUGCAAAGCCAAACAUGGAUGCUUUUGUUUGAUCCUGUUGAUGAAUUUGUGGGUAUAAAUACUGAGGGAAUUGUGGAGAAUGAUUCAGAUUUGAAUGGAGUUGAUACAGAACUGCUUGGAGAUUUAGAUGCUAUUCCAGAUGAAGAUGAUUCAGAUGUUGAUGAAGAAUUAUUGGGCGGAGAUGAGAAGUGUAUUGAUAGCUCAGAAUGUGAUUGUGAUGAUAACAAUGAUAUGCUAGAUGCAAAAGCUGUUGGAGGUGUUGAUCUACCCGACAGAAGAAAGAGAAAAAAGGUUAGGUAUGAUGAUGAAUGUACUGUUGCUAUUUUUGAACUUGGAAUGAUUUUUGAGAAUGCUAAGGAAUUUAGAAAGGCUUUGGCAAAAUAUGCUGUUGAAAAAAAUUAUCAGAUUAAGUUAAGGCCUAAUGAAGCUCAUAGAGUGAGAACUAAAUGUAAAUUCAAAGAAAAAUGCAAAUGGUUGUGCUAUGGUGCUAUUGAUAGGGAUUCUGGUAACUUUAUGAUUAAGAAUUACUAUCCUAUACACAAAUGUUUACCAUCAAAUAAGAACAAAAUGUGUACAACUAAGUUCCUAGUAAGUAGAUUCAAGGAUGAAAUAACUAAACAACCAUCUUUGAGGAUUUGGGAAAUACAAGAAUUGUGUAGGGAGGAGUUAGGACUACAAGUGGGUAGAACAAUUUGUUACAAAGCAAAUAUGAUGAUUCUUAGAGAAAACAUGAGUGACUGGAAUAUGGAAUUUGCAAGGUUAUGUGAUUAUGCUGAAGUCAUAAAACAAACCGAUCCUGGUAGUUCUGUUUGGGAAAGGAUGGAUAGAGAAACUGUACCAGGAAAGAAUUUGUUUGUGUACUUCUAUGUAUGCUUGGAUGCAUUGAAGAAAGGGUGGAAGGAAGGAUGUAGAAGAAUAAUAGGAUUUGAUGGAUGUUUGUUAAAGGAUGCUUGUAAGGGUGAACUUCUUGUAGCAGUUGGAAGAAAUGGAAACAAUCAGAUGUUUCCUAUAGCCUGGGCAGUUAUGGACAAGGAGACUAAACAUAACUCGAGUUUCUUUAUCAACUACUUGAAAGAGGACCUGCAGUUGGGUACUAGACAUGGUCUUUCUGUAAUGUCAGAUAUGCAGAAGGGUCUUCAAGCAGCUGUUGGUGAACUGCUACCAAAUGCUGAAGUUAGAAUGUGUGCUAGACAUAUUUGGUCUAAUUGGAGUAAAAGAUGGAAGGGAGAGGAAAGGAGAAAACAAUUCUGGAGAUGCUCCAAGGCAACUUUUGAAGUGAAGUACAAUGAGGAGCUUUACAAAAUGAGCAGACUUGGUAAUGAAAUUAAUGAUGAUUUAUUGCAUUAUCCACAAGUGUCAUGGGUUAGAGCAUUCUUUCAAGAGCAUUCCAAAUAUGAUGCAGUUGAAAAUAACAUGUGUGAAACCUUUAACUCAUGGAUCUUAUCAUGUAGACACAAAUCUAUAAUAACCAUGUUGGAGGAAAUUAGGAGAAAACUAAUGACUAGAACUGUGGAUAUGGUUAAGUUUGCUGACAUAUGGAUAUGUGAUAUUGCACCUAUGACUAGACUUAUGUUAGAGGAGAAUAAGGAAAAGUCUAGGGCAUGCAAGGUGCUUUGGAAUGCUGAUGUUGGGUUUGAGAUUGGAGAAGGCCAGUAUAGGCAUACAGUCAACUUGACUAAUAGAGUUUGUAGCUGUAGAACUUGGCAAUUGAGAGGCAUUCCAUGCCAACAUACUAUUUCUGCUUUGUACCACAUAGAACAGGAACCUGAAUCACUUGUGGAGCAUUGGUAUAGGAAGGAUACCUUCUUAAAGGCUUAUAGUCAUUUCAUUCAACCAAUUCCAAAUAUGAAGAUGUGGCCUGAAACUAACAAUCCAAGGAUUGAGCCUCUUGAACCUAAGCAAAUGCCUGGUAGACCUCCAAGAAAUAGAAGAAAGAGUAAAGAUGAGCAAAGAAAGAAGUAUGGAAAGAUGUCCAAACAAGGGGUGAAAAUUACUUGUUCCAAGUGUAAACAACAAGGCCACAACAAGGAAUAUUGCAAGGUUGGUGUCCAUACUUCACAGCCAGCUAGCCACAAUUCACAAUUUACUGCUGGUCAAAGUUCACAAGGAAGUUGCCAUCCUGAACCAACAAGCUCCUUCCAACCUGGACCAACAAGAUUCAACCAACCUGCUUCAACAACAUCAAACAAGCAUGCUUCUUCAACAACAGUUUGUGGUGAUACCAGUAGAGUUAAGAGGGCAAGGGAAACUGCAAAAACAAGCCAACCACCACCAUUUGUGGAUACAAAUUCUACAAGAUGGGGACCAAAGAGGCCAACUAAUGGUGGAUCAAGUAAUGUUGGAUUUGGCAUCUACACAAGUGCGAGUGGAACCCAAAUACUAAACCCUGGGACUUCAAGUCAAAGGAUUCUACCAACAGGUUCAAGUUAUAAGGAUGCAAGUUUAACGGGUAUAGAGCUUGGCUUUAAGCCUAGAGGCUUGAGAUGGAAAAACAAGGAUGCUGUCACCACUUCCCAAUUGCAGCAAAUGGCAAACAAAAAGAAGAAGUAA